GCCGUGUGUCCUGCCCUGCCGGGGAGGGCCCUGCGCAGCGCCGCCGCCGCUGCUCCCGCUCCGCGCACAAUGGCGACUCCCAGCCCCAGCGGCGGCUCCGGGGGGAGCGGGAGCGGGCCCGGGCCGGGCGCCGCCGGCAGCAGCAGCAGCAGCAUGCAGGGUAAACGCAAAGCGCUGAAGUUAAAUUUUGCAAAUCCACCUUUCAAGUCCACAGCAAGAUUUACUCUAAAUACUUCUGGAGUUCCUUUCCAAAAUCCACACAUAGAGAGACUGAGAACACACAGCAUUGAAUCAUCAGGAAAAUUGAAGAUUUCCCCUGAGCAACAUUGGGAUUUUACAGCAGAGGACUUGAAAGACCUUGGAGAAAUUGGACGAGGCGCUUAUGGUUCUGUCAACAAAAUGGUCCACAAACCAAGUGGGCAAAUUAUGGCAGUUAAAAGAAUUCGGUCGACAGUGGAUGAGAAGGAGCAGAAGCAGCUUCUGAUGGACCUUGAUGUGGUGAUGAGAAGCAGUGACUGCCCCUACAUUGUUCAGUUUUAUGGCGCGCUCUUCAGAGAGGGUGACUGUUGGAUCUGUAUGGAGCUCAUGUCUACCUCGUUUGAUAAGUUUUACAAAUAUGUAUAUAGUGUAUUAGAUGAUGUUAUUCCAGAAGAAAUCUUAGGCAAAAUCACUUUAGCUACUGUGAAAGCACUAAACCACUUAAAAGAAAACUUGAAAAUCAUUCACAGAGACAUCAAACCUUCCAAUAUUCUUCUGGACAGAAAUGGGAAUAUUAAACUCUGUGACUUUGGCAUUAGCGGACAGCUCGUGGACUCCAUUGCCAAAACGCGGGAUGCAGGGUGCCGGCCGUACAUGGCGCCAGAGCGGAUAGACCCCAGCGCCUCGCGGCAGGGCUACGACGUGCGCUCCGACGUCUGGAGCUUGGGCAUCACAUUGUACGAGCUGGCCACGGGGCGAUUCCCCUACCCCAAGUGGAACAGUGUGUUUGACCAGUUGACACAAGUAGUGAAAGGAGACCCACCACAGCUGAGUAACUCAGAGGAAAGGGAGUUUUCCCCAAGCUUCAUCAACUUCGUCAACUUGUGCCUUACAAAGGACGAGUCCAAAAGGCCAAAGUACAAAGAGCUUCUGAAACAUCCCUUCAUCCUGAUGUAUGAGGAACGCACAGUGGAUGUUGCAUGCUAUGUUUGUAAAAUCCUGGAUCAAAUGCCAGCAACUCCCAGCUCUCCAAUGUACGUGGAUUGAUACUGCUGCUACAUCAAACUCUAGAAAAAGGGCUGAGAGAAAACAAGCUGUAAAGAAUUUUCAUCACAUAUUGCAGUGUUUUUAAUGCUCGCCCAGACACCAUGUGCAAUAAUAUUGGUGUUAUUUCCAUCCUGUCUGUAUACUGUUGUCACAUAUAAAGUGCAUCCCUGUAAUACCUGAUCACACAGUGUUAGUGUUGGUCACAGAGAGACCUCAUCUUGCUCUUUUGUGGACAUAUUCAUGAAAUGUGGAAAUAAGUACAUAUAUUUGUUGACUGUGAUUGGAUAGCACCUAAAAUUCAUUUCUAGACUCAAAACUUGGAGACUCCUCAGCAGCUACUGGAAAGAUUUUUCUCUCAAACUCUUCCAAUUGUUGUUUCAAGUAAUAAUAAAAAGCAAACAAACAAAAGUUAGGCGUUGUCUGUCUGAACAUUAAGAGACUUUGCCUGGAGGGAGAAGAACUUGCUUAACCAACGAGAUGCUUUGCCUUCUGGAGCUGAAAAGGCAAAGGAGAAUUUUAUUCUUCACAAAGUGCAAUAGAUUUACUGCUAUGAAAUUCUGUUGCUUUACAGUCGCAGUGUACUUUCUGGGGACAGUGUGCUCAGCUGAACUUCCUGUUAAAAAGAGAUCAUGUUAAAUAUAGUGAAUAUGUCUUUACCAAAAAUAUGUUGCGUUGAAAGAGGCUAACAUUAAACUAUUGAGAUGGGACAUAAUGUAUUCUUCCUCCUUUUACCAAGCCAGCCACUCUUCACUCUUAACUAGGUGUCCUGUAAAUUGUUACCUGGUAAGAUAAGACCUUUGACCUGAAGAAUUAUUAAACUACUUGAUUGAAUUUAA